CGCUUUGCGCGUUUCUAAUCUCGACCGUAAUUCACGUGUUUUUGUCAGUUACAAAGUUGGUGGGUUUAAAACUCUAGUCUGUGUUAAGAGGGGUAAAAUAGCACAAAUUCGUGUACAUAUGUUUGAAAUUUCAUGUUUGUACUGGCAAUGAAUACAACUUCACCAAAAUCGUCAUUGGCGAAAUUGGGACUAUACCCUCGACCUAAGACCCUUAAAGUUAUGAUUCUCGGUCAAGGUGGAGUGGGGAAAUCUGCAAUGGUUGUUAGAUUUAUCACAAGAAGGUACAUUGGUGAAUACGAUCCAACAUUAGAAAAGGUCUACACUUUCCAUACAGUCAUUGACAAUGAAUUGGUAUAUUUCGAAAUCUUAGACACGGCAGGACAACCACACGAAACAGAAUGUAUGGGCUUGGAAGCGAAUAUUCGAUGGGCGGAAGCGUUCAUUUUAAUGUAUUCCGUGACUGACAAAUGUUCAUUUGACGAAUGCCAUCGUCUUAAAUUCCUAAUAAAUUAUAACAAAAGAAGAAGAAGACUGGGAAGUGCAGGAAAAGAUGGCUGCGGUGACGUUCCAGUAGUGCUAGUAGGUAAUAAGACAGAUCAAGUAGAAGACCGAAUGAUAUCCUUAGAAGAAGGACAAAGAAGAAGCAAAGAGAUCGGUUGUGUUUGUUUCCAUGAAAUUUCCGUGAGAGAAAGUAUUGAACAGGUAUGGAACGUUUUCCGCGACGUAUGUCGCUUUUGGAGAGUACAUAGUAAAAAUCCAACAAAACUUCGACGUAGCGGUACUGAAAAAGAACCAAUAUCACCUGAUACCAUCAGAUUACUGUGUUCCGCAGCUGUCUCCCCGAGUAGUUUAAUUCCUUACAGUUGUAGGCCUACAGGAACUAUAGGUAGGCGCUGGACUGAAGAAGAACUUGAGGAAGAAGAUGAAUCGGAAGCAAAAGACAGCAGUACAUCAAGUUCUCUUGAAUCUACACCAUUUAGAGAAAGAGCUUCGACCGAUGGUCACCUGCAACAGAAACCUUUGAGGUGGAGGUACCCACCUCCGUCGAGUUCAACCGAUCCGAUCGGUUAUUCCUCUAGAGCCAAUAGGAGAAUGAGUAUAUCCAUGAAAGGAAAUAAUGCUAGCUAUUAAUUCACUUAUUAGAAUGUCUACUGGAGAAAUACAAGAAAUUGUUUGAAGAUUUUCCUGACUCUUUGUUAUAUUGUCAAGUCAAUCAAAUAUUCCACAAAAGCCAUUUUGAGGAAGAUGUUCGCAUUGAAAUUAUCUAUAAGAUCAUUUUUCACAUAAUCAAUUUCCAUGGAAACAACAAAACUUAUUGAUAUUUAAUUAAGAUGGAAAACCGAUGCUCAAAUAUUUCCUAUUGUACCUCUUUGGGGUUUUGUUAUUUACCGUCCUCAUAAAAUCUUUUUAUUGCCCACUAAAUCGACUGAUUAAUUUUGUAUUUAUCGAUUUAGCUCAUUCUCGCUCAGUCAUGUGAAUGUUACGGGAAACGUAGAUUCUGCAGGAAAACCAAAAGAUCGAUUCAUGAACGUUUCUGUUUGCGCUUACCUUCCACUUAAAAUCACUGAAAUGCGUGAGAAAUUUCAAAAAUAUGGUUUCAUAAUUUUCUGUUGGCGUCGUUCUAGCAUAAAUUAAUUUUGUAAGCGAGUUAAUUUCAAUCACACGUAUGUUAUUAACACCCAAGCAAUCAGAAAACAAUCCAAUUCGAGUGAACGAGGUUUACGACAAUAAACGUUGUGGCCGUAUACGAUCGCGGGCGGAUCGAUCUGGCGAACGUGCAGGCCAAUAGAUAUAUUUGAAAGUCAAUCAGGAAAUAUAUAACGACGUCUACAGAUUCAUUACUCAUGUAAGCUCCAUUCUGUUGAAAACAUAUUUUCACUUAUAGCUUUAUGAUGUGGCCGUGAAAAUAUACUGAACAUUUCAACAUAACGAUUUGAAUGUGAAAGUAUGGCAAUUGUAGCAACCACAAUUCAACUUAAAGAUAUCGAAUUAUCGAAACACCUUACCGUAACUACCAGUAGGAUAUUAGCUACCCAAAACCAGCAGUUCUGCUUGUUUAUACACC